AUGUUGGACCCUGCAGUACUGCUGCUUCUGCUGCUGGGGGCGAUAGAGCCACGAUCAUCUGAGGCGGAAAUCAAUAGCGGUUUGAAUUUCCUGGUGGUUUUUCCAGAAAAUGUGGCCUACUUUUACCCUGAAGGCCCGCAGAACCAGGUGCAAGUGACCGCUCUGUACCACGACACCCACGUCACUGUGACGACACCCAGCCAAGUCCAGUUGCGGACUUUGAUCGCCGCUGAGACUCAGCGCUUCUUCUUCUAUGGCAAAGACGAGCUGCACAAAAAGGACGUGUCCCACAGAGUGAUCCAGGUGAGCAGCACCAGGGAGAUCACGGUCCACGCCCUCAGCGCCAAGGCAGACAGCAUCCAGAGCGCUCUGGUUCUGCCCACAGACCGACUGGGCACAGAGUACCUCAUCCCACCCAUACCCAGAAUCCAAGACACCACUGAUCCGGCCGCCAUGGUCAGCACCGUUGUGACCGAGCGAGGCCCCUUCAGGCUCAUUGUUGUCAACGCAGACAAACAAAACAAAGUCAUACUGGAAGGUGACGUCAGCAGAGAGACAGAGAUGGAGCCGUAUUAUGCCACUUCGUUUUGGCUGAUGGCCAACGACGCCUGGAGGGUCGUGAGGGUUCACCAUCCGGUGGCUGUGCUGUUCGGUCACACUUGCGCCGUGACGGACAAUUGUAGCUGCUCCAUGCUGUACACCACACUGCCGCCCGCCGCACAGCACAAGAUGACCUUCGCUGUCCCGACGGCGUUCUCCCAGAAUCAAACCUCCCUGCUUCUGUCCCAGGAAGAACUGUCCACAGUGGAGGACUUAGUUCCAGACGCCCGUCUGGUGGAGAUCAAUGGGAGCGUCAUCCUCUACCAGCCUGGCAUGCUCCUCCCACUCAUCCCGGAGGCUGACUUUGCCUCCUGCUACGUCGUCAACACCAUUCCCGGUGUGCGGAAUUCUGCAGUGAUUGUGGUCCACAAGGACUUCACUGAUGGGGUCCACGUUGGCGGAGCGGCUCCAGAGAAUCCCUCAUGGGAGCAACUGAAAGGGACAGAUCACUUCUCCACUGUUGUGGAGCUCACGUCGGAUACCGCUAUCUGGCACAGUUCCCACAAAAUGGCUGUCUAUUAUGUGGGAGAGAAGGGUGAUGCUCUGUUUGGGAACCCGGCACCUGCCAUCAGCCAGACCUCAGAUCACAGAGGCUGUGUUCUGUCACCUGACAUUCUGGAAAUUGGCCAAGAGGCGGUCGGCUGGCAGGAGUCAGUUAAGUACUGCAGAGACAAGAACCUGCAGCUGGUCAGCUUGUCCACGCUGCCACUGCAGAACUACAUCUACGCUAAAGUCCAGCAGGUACAGGGUGGCAGCCUGACGCGGGCGUGGAUCGGCUUGCGACGCAGCUCGCUGACUGGGCAGUGGUACUGGCUCAACAAGGCGCCUGUCACCGUCACCAAUUGGAAGGGGGCGGAGCCCAGCAGCGCACAGGGUGGCCAGUGUGGGACCAUGAGCCUAGAACUGGGUCAGGACCCUAGCUGGAUUGAGGAAGACUGUUGCCAGCCCGUCCGUCCCAUCUGCUACCGCGGCCCGGUUCUCUUCCCCCUGCAGUAGACCUUUGGAUAACUUGUGUUGUUAUGAUAACAUUAAUGUCAAUGCAAUAUGGUAGUGAUAGGAGACAAAGACAAAAUGAAAUUAGGAUUAAAAACCAGGUCAAAUCUUUAUUGGACUUGUCAAAGUGUGUGAGGGUUGGGGUUUACACUUUUCACUUCCACCAGAGCACUCUGGCCUGCAUUAGCCACAUCCCAAUCCCCACCAGCAAAAUGGCCUUUGACCCCAGAGACAGAGACAGCAGCAGCAGGAG